AUGGCUAGAAAGGAUCUUCCUAAGAUGAUGGAUGCAUUCUUGUCUUCUUCCAUGUCCAAUAUCACGAAGUCUACAGGAAAGAUCAACACUUUCGUCGCCACUUUCCGCCGCCUCGUUGAUUCUCUUGGAACCAUUAAAGACACUCCCGACCACCGCCAGAAGCUGCACAACACGAGACAGAGGAUAUCGAGGCUGGUGAAGGAUAUUUCUGCUAAGCUCAAGUCAUUGAGUGAAUUUGAUCGCCAUGCUUCUGUUGCUAAUAGAUUAGUUCAACAUCAACCAACCCAACACCCCACUUCGGAGGAAUUGAGCAUUGGGAAAAUCAAGUUCAAAGCUUUCAAUUUGGUUAUCAAGUUCACUAUUACAAGUUUGCGGUUAUCUUGUUCAUGGACAACUUUUGUCAUAAGCCUAUCAAAACCAAAGAGUAAGAUGAUUGAAAACAGUAAUAUUGAAGCAGUAGGGAUGUCUGCUAGCACUCAACCAUCUUCUCCACCGUCAAGUGUUCGUAAGAAUCGGUCAGCUGUCUGGGAUCAUUUUGAUGUAGAGAAUGCUACCGGAAAGAAGGCUAAAUGCAAAUAUUGUGGUAGAUUAAUACAAUAUGGGAAUGGAACAGACUCAAUGGGUGGUCAUUUGAGAAGAUGCAAGCAAAAUCCUAAUAAUGAUUCGAACAAAAGAAGAAAAACAACGACCACACCGACUAUAGAUGAGCGUGGUGUUUUAAAUUCACCCAGUGCUUCCAAAUUUGACCAAGAGGAGGCUCGAAGGGCACUUGUGGAAAUGUUUAUUGGGGAAGGGCUACCAUUUCGCUUUGUUGAAAGCCCGAAAUUCCGAAGAUUUGUGCAUGUCCUACAAGCAAAAUUCAAAGUUCCUUCACGGACUACAUUAGCACGUGACAUUGGAGCUCUUUAUGCUGAAAAGAAGAUGAAGUUGCAAGAUUUUCUUUCGGCAAAUUGUGGUAGAGUAUGUCUAACCACUGACACUUGGACUUCAAUUUCAAAAUUUUACUUAUAUGAUUUUGACAGCACACUUUGUUGAUUUGGAUUGCAAAUUACAUAAAAAAAUACUUAAUUUUUGUCAAGUGACAAGUCAUUCAGGAGAUGUUAUAGGAGCAACAAUU